CGGCGCGGAAAGGUUCCCGUGCCGAGUUGAGCUCAUUCGGAAAAGAGCCACGCAAAAGGACAGCGCCGCUUGCAAGGCGAUCGCCUCCGCCGCCGACACCACCGGACCAGCCUGCGCUGCCCCUCCGCCUUGGAUUUAGCUUGCUGUGGGGGCGCUUCGGGGAGGAAACACCUUUGCAAUCGCUUCCUGCAGGCAUCGCUUGGGCACUUUGUCUGGCUCCAGCUCGAAGGGACCAUGCGGUGAAACAAGAAAAAGGAGCUUGGAGUCGAGGAAGCGGUGCCCCACGCGCCUUGGAAGAAGAAAAGGCAGCUCCCACUGAAAGAGAGAGAGAGAGAAAGGAGUCCAACCAGCUUCCCGCAAGAAGCCCCCCUUUUCCUUCCUCCCCGGUCUGUUUACAGUCUCCCAUUGGUGUGGAUGCUGGAGGAGUUUGAGCCAGAGAGCACUUUGCAAGCUCAAUCCUGCUCUCUUUUUCUUUUCCACCUGGUAGCCAAAGAAGGCUUCCUUUUUUCCCCUGGAUCUGAAGCGCAUGGACACCGCCUCUCUUCUUGAACCAGUUGCUGGAAAGGAGUGAGGGAUAGAGGCAACUCAAUUGCCCCCUUUCCUUGAAUGUUCGCCCUUGGGAAAGAGAGGGGUUUUGGGGCACAACAGGAUUGUUUUUUGCUCCAGAAGGAAGAGAAGAAGACGCCCUUGGCACCCCAGCAGCAAGGAUUGGCAAAAGGAGUCUUCUUUCAAUGAGUCCCGUGGCGUUUUAAGGCAGAAGACAGACCCCUCGGCCCCCCAUGGAUCUAACUUAGGGGUUGCUUUCACACGGAGUUGCCAUAGCGAAAAGACUUCAGAUGCAUGCCAGGUUCCUGGUGAAUGCCAGAUCUAGAGAUCGCUAUCGAUGGAGUCCCAAGGUCAACAUGGCAGUGGCAGUUCAUUAGUUGUCCUUCAGCAGCCCUCUUUGGAUAGCCGUCAAAGAGCAGACUGUGAGAGAGAUGUUCAGCCUGCGGCCAUCUUGUCACUGGAUCAAAUCAAGACUAUAAGGGGCAACAAUGAAUACACCGAAGGCCCUUCGGUGGUGAAAAAGUCAGCUCCACGGGCAGCCCCCAGGCAAGAAAAACAUGAAAGGACUCAUGAAAUCAUACCGAUUAAUGUGAAUAAUAAUUAUGAACAUAGGCCCAGCUACCCAGGACAUGCACUGCAACAACAUGGCUCGAGAGCACCUGUGUUGAGCAGGUCCACAAGCACUGGGAGUGCCGCUAGUUCAGGCAGCAACAGCAGCGCAUCUUCAGAGCAGGGCUUGCUGCUGAGGUCGCCCCAGUCUCGACCUGUUCCUGGUCACAGAUCUGAAAGGCCAAUCUGGACACAACCCAAGCCGUCGACUCUGAUUGUGGAUGACCUGAAGAGUCCCUUAAAAGAGGACUCUACGCAGCACAAGUUUAUCUGUGAACAGUGUGGGAAGUGCAAAUGUGGAGAGUGCACGGCACCCCGGGCCUUGCCUUCCUGCCUGGCCUGCAACAGGCAGUGCUUGUGCUCAGCCGAAAGCAUGGUGGAAUACAGCACCUGUAUGUGCCUGGUCAAAGGCAUCUUCUACCACUGUUCCAAUGAUGAUGAAGGGGACUCUGCUGCGGAUAAUCCUUGCUCUUGUUCCCAGUCACAUUGCUGGAGUAGGUACUUAUGCAUGGGAGCCAUGUCCUUGCUUUUGCCUUGCCUGCUUUGCUAUCCACCAGCAAAAGGAUGCCUCAAAUUGUGCCGAGGAUGUUACGACCGGAUCAACCGUCCAGGUUGCCGAUGUAAGAACUCCAACACAGUUUAUUGUAAGCUGGAAAGUUGCCCUUCUAGAGGUCAAGGCAAACUUUCCUGAUUUAUGGAGGAAAAUGUUCAGUUCCUCGGACUGUCUUUCAGGUUGUGGCUGGCUUUUCUGUUUUUGUGCCCUCUCCUCCAUUUUCCAUUCUUUUUUCUCUCUUACUUUCAUGCACAUGUUUUCAUUUCACAACUUCUUUCAGCAAAAGCACAUGUGGGUAUUUCUGUGGUCUUUGAUAAGUGUGGCCCCCAUACUUGCAUCUAAUUUUGUAUCUUGGCAAGUCAUCUCAGGUUUGUGAGUAAUCCCCUCCAUAAAAAAUAACGAGAAUACUGUGUUUUACUGAAGUCUUGUUCUCCACAAUUUCCCAAAUAUGUGUUUUAUUUUGUUCUCAGCAAUUCUGUUUUUGAACAAUUCAUAACGGCUUCAAAGUGAUUAUUUGUAAUCUUUCCUACUAUUGUUUUUUUUAAAUGCCCACAUUCCUGCCCUUUCACAUAAAGAGAAAGCAUUUGUUAUAUAUGGGUUGGAAUUUAGCAAACCUGGUGCUUGCUGUCUUUUCAAAUUAUAGCCACCAAGCAUGUUGCGCUCACCUGGAGAAGUCUUUAAAAUGUCUUCACAUUCCACAUUAUGAAACCCCAAUUAGCUUGUGAAAUCACUCCCAACCAAUUGCGCAUUAGAGAUGCUAUGGCUACAGCUAUCUUGAAUUGUACUUAUAACCUUCAGAUAUAUACAAGGCCUUAUGAUUUCAGUUAUGUAAACUGUUCUUUUAAUGCUAAAGUUGUUGGUUUCUGAACAUCUGACUAAUAAUCUUUAGGUAUCAUACAGUUGUAUAAACAUUCUUGGAUCUCUUAACACUUCUGUUAUUUCUGUGGUUUAAUGCCAUUUAACUUCAUCCCUGUGCUCAGUAACUUUAAUCCUCUCUGUUUUUAUUGCCUUAGCCACAAAUUGUGGUGCUUUUUUGUAUAUUUUAUGUAAAAACACAAAGUUGGAUUCAAGACUAUUUUUAAGACAAAGGUUUGUUAAAACUUUUUUAUUGUAAAGAAUAUUUAUUAUGUGAAUCUUUAUUAUUUUAUGAUAUUUAUUACAAAAGACUGUUCCAAAAAUGUACUCCUGUUUGAAUAUAACAAAAUAUCAAUACUUAACGAAAAUAAGGGUGACACAAAGAAAGUACCUAUGUUAAACUAUAAUGCAGAAAAUAUAAUAAUUAAUGAAAAUGUC